AUGGAUAUUAAAUUAGGCAAAACCAAUAUCAGAAAGCAGGUUGGAGGCAGUUUAUUAACAUUCAUCUUAUCAUUAGGUAGAACACUAGCACCAACAUUGGGUAGAACACUUAGAUUGUCGGGUUUGGCUGGUUUGGCAUCCGAAGGCGCAUGUCAAAUUGUCAAACAGAUCUCUGGAGGGCGAGUAGGAGGGUUUUUAAUCCCGCAAAGUAAAAUCAAUCAGUUGAUUGCGUAUAAACACCUUCUAUCCACAAAACAGAAGCAGGAUAUUCUUAUUGCUCUCCAAACCGGCUCUGGUGUUCAUUUAAAACCAACCAAAACACAGCAAGGCAAUGGUUUGGGGGGUAUUAUAGCCAGUUUAGGGCCUUCAAAAGCGUGCCUCUAUUAAACGUCAUAUUGUAAAACCAAAAUUCCACAAAAACAUACCCAUGAGCAAUCAUGAUUUAAUACAAUGGUGUAAAUAUUUGAAAAUACCUAUAAAAGAUGUGGUUUUAAGGGAUCAAACUGUUCCUCACAAUCAUACGCAAGCAAUAUUUAUCUAUAAUCUUGAACCUAGAUACAUGAGUGGUAGUCACUGGGUCGCCACAUACAUAAAAGAUGGUGUCAUCAAUUAUUUUGACAGUUUUGGGAUGUCUCCGUUUCAAGAGAUAGUAAAUCAUGCCAGAAGAAAGAAUCUCACAUUAUUACAUCAGAACAAUCAGAUACAGAAUAUGAAUACAACAGCGUGUUGUUACUUCUGA